CGAUCAAACGAGAGCAUAAAAGCACCGGACAACUUAAAGAAAUACGCUGUUGUGCUCAUGGUAACCAUCGAAUCGACAUCAACUCGAUUUAUUUUGUGAGAAAAAAAAAAGAAAAGAAACUAAGAAAAAAUUCAAAAAAAAAAGAACAAUUUUUAAAUAAAAUUUAAGGGGUAGUAUAAGUGUUGUAAAAAAUAAAUUGUUUAUUAAUAAAAUAUAUUUUUAAUUGAGAUAAAAUAAUCAUGGGACAACCACCCCGGCUUUUGCCAGCGGGUCUCUUCUUAGCAUGUCUCUACCUUUUGACACCAGUAUCAGCAAGUCAAUGCGUUGUUGGCUGUCAUGGAAUGCGAACAAGCAAGGGCUAUGAAGAAGGUCACACAUAUACUUACGAGUACGAGGGAACAUCCGUGACAUCAGUCAGCGAAGCACAAGGUGAAUCAAAUGUCAAGGUCAAUGCCAUCGUUGAACUUGCAGUAAAAGCCGAUUGUGUUCAUCAAUUGAAGUUGAAGACUGUUCGCGUCAAUGGAGCUCCUGUGAGCCAACAAGACGUAGAAAAAUAUGCUCUUCAAUUUAAUUAUCAUGAUGGACAUAUUGAUACAAGUGUCUGUGCAGAGUCAGGUGACUCCCAGACAUCUUUGAAUAUCAAGAGGGCAAUUACUUCACUAUUUCAAUCUGGAGUUAUUCAAGAAAAUGGUGUUACAACUCAUCGAGAGACUGAUGUCUUUGGAAGUUGUCAAACUGACUAUGAAUUCCGUCGUGAAGGUGAUGCUUUGACAAUAAGAAAAUACAGAAAUUUAGCAACAUGUUCACAUCGUGAAAAUAUAAGACAUGGUUUAAUUUAUGCUGCAUUUGAUGAAACUGCAGGAAUUAAAUCAUCACCAAUUGUUGAUUCACAACAAAAAAUUGAACAAAUAUUUAAAAAAGGAAUUCUUAAUUCAGCAAAAUCAACUGAAACAUAUAAUUUCCGUUUAUUUUCACAUGGUGAUGCUGGUGCUAAAACAAUUGUACAAUCAACAUUGACAUUUAAAGCUGAUAAACCAGAAGCAAAUGGUAAUGCAGUUGUUACAAUUCCAAAAUUACUUAUAUUUGAAGCACCACAUCCAGUUACUGAUUCAUCAGCUGAAACAAUUUCAAAUUCAUUGAAAUUAGUUAAAGCUGCAUCUGGACCAGAUUCAAUAAAAGAUAAAGCUGCUGAAUUAUUUGGUGAUUUUAUAAAGGUAUUACGUCGUAGUAAUAAAAAAGAUAUAUUAAGUAUAUAUGGAAAAAUUAAAUCUGGUGCUGGUGGUUUUGAUAAAAAUACAGAUAAAAAAAUUCUUCUUGAUGGUCUUUAUAGAACUGGUAGUGGUGAUUCAGCUGAAGUUAUUGCUGAAUUAAUAAAAAAUAAUGAAUUAACAAAACUUCAAAUACUUGGUUAUUAUGCAAGUUUAGCACUUAUUGAUCAUGUUAAUCUAUCAACAGUUACUGCUGUUACUUCAUUAUUAGAUCAGCCAGAUGUACCAAGAAUUGGUUAUCUUGGUAUUGGAAGAGUUAUUGGUAAAUAUACUGAACAACAUAAUGCUGAUGAUGUGCCUGAAAUUAAAGCAGCAUUAGAAAAAAUAACAGCUAAAAUUGGCAAUGGAAAACCAGGUAAUAGAGCACAAGAAAAUCAAGUUAUUGCAGCAACAAAAGCUCUUAAAAAUGCAAAAUAUCUUGAUGAUAAAACGAUUGAUAAUUUAGUUAAUAUUGCUAAAGAUAAAACAGUACAUGAUCGUGUACGUGUUGCUGCAAUUGAAGCAUUACCAGCAAAAUGCUCAAUGAGUUGGAAAACACCAUUAUUAAAAGUAUUUGGUGAUCUUGAAGAAGAUUCAGAAAUAAGAAUUAAAUCUUAUCUAUCAUUGGUUGCUUGUUCAUGUAAUACUGUUGCAAAUGAAAUUAAAAAAGUUUUAGAUAAAGAAAAGGUUAAUCAAGUUGGUACAUUUGUUACAACACAUUUGAGAAAUCUUCGUGCAAGUGUUGAUCCAAAUAAAGAAACAGCUAAAAGAAUUUUAGGAGAAAUUCGUACGACAAAUAAAUUCCCAGAGGAUUAUAGAAAGUUUUCAUUUAAUCGUGAAUUUUCAUAUGAUAUUAGAGCUCUUGGUGUUGGUUCAUCAGCUGAACAAAAUGUAAUAUAUUCACAAAAAUCAUGGAUUCCACGUUCAACAAGUUUAAAUUUAACAACUGAAAUAUUUGGUAGAUCAUUUAAUUUUUUGGAAAUUGAUACAAGAGUUGAAAAUCUUGAUAGAGUUAUUGAGCAUUAUUUUGGUCCAAAAGGUGUAUUAAAAACAAAAGAAAUUAAAACACUUUUAAUUGAUUCAAAAAAAUCAAUUGAUGAUGUAUUAGAUCAUUUAAAAGGACAUGUAUCAAAUCGUGAAAAAAGAUCAGUAAGUCAAAAAGACUUGGAUGAAUUUGCUAAAACAACAAAACCACGUGAAAGUGAAGUUGAUGAAGAUCUUGAUAUUGAUUUAUCGGUUAAAUUAUUUGGUGUUGAAUUGGUAUUUUUAGAUUUAAAAGAUUAUGGCAAACAUUCAGAUCCAAAACUUGCAGUUGAUAGAGUAUAUGCUUUUCUCAAUGAAAUAUUAUAUAAAGCAAAAAAUUUUGAUUAUACUGGCUCAAAGCAUGCUCAUUUACUUGAUAUUAAUUUAGUUUAUCCAACUGGUCUUGGUUUUCCAUUAUCUGUUGGUGCUGAAGCAAAUGCUGUAACCCAUUUACGAACAAAUGGUAAAAUUGAUGUAGCAGCAAUUAUAAAUAACCCAAAAAAUGCUGCAAUUAAAAUUGGAGUUGAACCAAGUGCAAGUAUAAUGGUUGCUGUUAAUGUUGUUAUUGAUAGUCUUGGUGCUGAGUCUGGAUUAAAAGUUAUUGGACGUCUUCAUACAUCAACUGGAUCUGAUCUUUCAAUUAAAAUUUUAGAAGGAAAUGGUAUUGAUAUUAGUUUUGGUAUUCCAAAAAGAAAGCAAGAAAUAAUAAGUAUAUCAAGUGAAGCAAUAUUUAUUGAUCCAACUGGUAAAAAAAUUGCACCAAAAUUCAGUAAUGGUGGUAAAAAACAUUCUGAUUGUUUUGAACAAUUUUCAGCAAUUCUUGGUUUAACAGUUUGUGGUGAUUUUGCAUAUCCAUAUGAAAAUAUUGAAUCAUUAACAAACAAAUCAUAUAUGUUUCCAUUAAGUGCACCAAGUAAAGCUGCAAUAAGUAUUGAAAAUAAUGAUGCAACUAGUUAUCAUUUCCGUGCAUUUUACGAUAAAACAAAAGACACAUCAAGAUCAUAUGAAGUUAUAUUUGAAACACCAAAUAGUAGAAAUAAUCGUAGAAUUGCUCUCAAGGUUGAAGCUACAAAUGAACCAACUCAAAAAAUUAUUAAAGCAAGCUUUGAUUCACCAAUUAAAAAAGCCGAGGUUGAAUUACAUUUUGAAAAUACUGAUAAGAAAAAAACAGCGUCAAUAAAUAUAAAACAUGAUACUGAUGAGUAUUCUGGUGUAAUUGGUAUUGUUGCAAAUGGAAAUAAAUACAAGCCAAUAUUAGAAUACAAAGUACCAGAACAUGUUGAACGUUUAACUGGUAGUAAAGUUACAAAAAAUAAAUCUGCCUACAGUGUUGAAGGUGAUAUUGCUGUGAAUGAUGAAAAUUCAGGUAAAAAAUAUGUAUUUGAAAAUGUUGCUGUUCUUGCUUCUGAUAAAAAAUUAAUUUCUGUUGAUGGUUGGGUAUUUGUAUCACCAAAAGAAUUAUCAACUGAUACAAAAUUAGCUCAUAAUGAUGAAAGUGUACAAAUAAGAUUAGAUGGAAAACGUACAGAUACUGGUGUUGAUAUUAAAUUUGGUUUUGUACCAUCAAAACAAAAAAAUAUUGCUUUUAAACUUGCUAUAUUACAUAGUAAAACAAAAGAUUCAAUAGAAAAUAAAUUUAUUGUUGUUCAUGGUGCUGAUCUUGAUUCAAAAAUAAAUAGAUUUACAUUCCAUGAAAAACUUUAUUAUGAAAAAAAUGAAAAUCCAGCUAAUAAAUAUGCAUUACUAUCAGCAUUAAAAUAUGAUUCAAAAUUAACAUGGCCAGUUCAAGAAUUAGAUGCUAAAUUUGAAAAUGAUAUAUCAUCAUCGAAAUUUAAAACAGAUUUUGAUUUUAAAUAUGCUAAAUUUAAAAUUGGUAUGAAAGUUGAUGUUAAAUCUGAUGUUGCAAAUAGAAAUAAUUUUGAAAUUGGAUUAAAUGCAUAUGCACUUGAAAAUAAAAUAUCAGCAUCAGCAAAACAACAAAUGAUUAAUCAACAUAAAAGAAAAAUUGAGGGUAAAUUAGAAUUACCUGGUGCAAAAUAUCAAGGUGAUACAACAAUUAAUUAUCAAGUUGAGGGUCCAAAUGCAAAUAUACAAUUUGAUGGUGAUUUUAAAGUUAAUGAAAAAGCAAUUAAACUUAAUUAUGGUCUUGAUGUUACACUUGAAAAAAUUAACAGCAAUGCCCUUGUUGAUGUAGUUGGUAAUAAAUAUCUUGAAUUGGCACUUAAAAUAAAACGUGGACAAAAUCCAAAUGGUAAUAUUAAUUUAAAUAUUAAAGAAUUAUUAAUUAUCACUGGUGAUUUUAAAUAUCAAACUGGCAAAGGUAAUGCAGUUUUAAGUGUUGAUCUUCCAAAAAUUCAAAGAAAAAUUAAAGGAACUGGUGAUGUAUCAAUAAGUGGAACAAAACAUAUUGCAACAAUUGAAAUACUACUUGAUGCUGAACGUGAUCCAAAAAAAAUAAUUAAAUUAUCAACUGAUUCUGAUAUAACAAAAGAAAGUAUUGAUUCUAAAAAUAUCAUUGAUAUUUUAAAUCAUAAAGUUGAAACAAAUGUUAAAGGAACACUUAAACACAAACCAAAUCGUGGAUAUGAUUUUGAUGGUGAUAUUGAUCUUACAUUACCAAAUGGUAUAUAUUUGUCUGCCAAAGGAAAACAAUCAGUUGAUCGUAAAACUGACAAAACAGAUGUUCAUGGACAAUAUGAAAUAAAUAGUCAUGAAAAAAAAGGUUCACCAGGUCGUAAAUUACAAUAUAAUUAUGAUGUUAUUAUUCAAGAACCAAAAGGACAUGAAUUUACUGGUAAACAUAUGUUUAAAUUUGUCAAUGUUGAUGGUAAUGAUAUUGAUUUGAGUCUCAUGUCAAAGCAUAUUUUAUCAAUUGAAAAUCCAGAAAAAAGACGUGGUGAACUUCAAGUUGCUGCAUCUGGUAAAUAUUUACCAAAAAAAUUCAACUUUGAUUUUACCACUGAUUAUACAACUAAAAAAAGUGGAUCAUGGAAAUUAGAUUCAAAACUUGGUGAUGAUUUUGUUGUAAAAGGUAGUGGAAAUAUGGCUGAUGGUAUAUCACCAAAAGAUCCAAAAACAAGUGAUGUUAAAUUAGAAGUUAAAUUACCAUUUGAUAAAUUAAAAAAUAUUAUUUAUGAAGGAUCAGUAAGUCUUCUUGCACCAGAAGGUGAUACAGAAUUAAAAGUAUCAAAUUCAUUAACAUGGAAUGACGAUAAAAAUGUUAAAUCUGAAAUACAAUUAAAAAAAUCGGGUUUUGGUAAAACAGGAGCUAAAGAUAUUACUGGUAAAUUAUUAUUAAAUGUUUUAAAUAAUCCUCAAGUUGCUGUUGCUACUACAAUCAAGUGUGAUACUACACAAGAUUUGAAAAAAGGUAAUGUCAAGAUUGUUAUUAAUUGUGGAGAUAAAGAAGUAUCUGUUGAAAGUGAUGCUGCUUAUAAUAUGGAUCUUAGUGAUGUUGAUUUUGACAUUAAAGCUACUACACCAAUUGAAAAAUUCAAAAAAAUUGAUUUUGGCAUUAAACACAAGCGUGAUAAUGAAGGUUCAAUGAAAUCAGACAUUCACUUUAUUGCUGAUGAUCAAAAAUACGCAAUGACUAGUGAAUUUGAUUGUAAACCAAAUGAUCAUCGAGCUCAAAUUAUCUUCACAUGUCCAAAUGGAAAAACCGAGCUUCUAUCAAAGUUCACAAAAAUCAGUGACAAUGAAUUCAAAGGUGAAUACAAAAUUGAUACACCAAAAGGUUUUGCAAGUGCUGAUGGACAUGUUAAAGUUGAAAGUGUUGAUAAUUUCUUAAUUGAAGUAAACUUUGACAGUGAUAAAUUAACACAUAGAAAAAUACAUGUCAAUAUUGCAUCUGAACCAGCAGUUAAAAAUGGAAAUAAAAUAGCAGUAACAGUAACAAGUGAUGGAAAAAAUAUUGUAACUGGAAGUACAAAUUAUAGUAAACGUGAUGAGAGUGGUAAAAUUAUUGUUGAGGGUAAUGGAAGUUUGAAAAUUGGUGACAAUACAAGAGUAUCAAAAUUCACAUACUCAAGACAACAAUUGACUAAAGAAAAUGAUGGUGAAACUGGUGUUGCUAUACUUUUAAAUGCAAACUUUGGACCAUCAGCUGUUGUUGGUGAACUUAAACUCACAGACAAAGAAGUUCAUGUCUUUAAUAGUUAUUGUGAACAGUCCAAGGAUUGUGCACACUUUAAAUUACAGUCUAUUCUCAAUAAAGACAAAGAAACACGUGUAGACCAUCAAAUAACUGUUGAAGUUGACUUGAAAAAAUUCAAUUUGCCAGUUGAGUUUGGUUUAAAAACAACAACCCAAUACAAUCCAAAAGAGCACAACUUUGAUCACACUGCAAAUCUUUAUCUUCACACAUCCAAAGAUAAGACUCAAUACUCUACUCAGAUUUAUGCACGUCCCAAAGAAUCAGCUAUUAUUUUAACUUUGCCAAGUCGUGAAUUAGCACUGAUUGCUUCAGUAGAUGUUCCAAAGAACAAGCUACCAACUGGCACUUACAAAAUCGAUUUAGCUGCUUAUUUAGAUCGUAAAAAUCAUCCAAAAGACAAGACAAGCUUUGUUGCAAGUGGAGAUGUUCAAGUUGAAAAAAAUACAGCAUCACUUUCUGGAGAAGCAACAUUCUCAUAUCCACAAGCACCAAAGGAUAUGAUUGUCAAAGGAAAACUCCAUUAUGGUGGUGAACAUCUUUUAGAUGCUGCAGUAGAUAUUGAUGUGUUUGCUAAAAAAACACAGAAAAUUGGUAUGGUAGCUCGUUUAAUCAAGAGUCAAAUUCCCACGGGUUACAACGUGACUGGAAGUCUUGAAGUAAACUCACGUGGCCAACAACUCAAAGUUGAAAUAAAAGAACACUAUGCUAUAUCAGCAACUGAAAUUGGUUUUGGCUCAUUUAUAACAUACAAUGAUAUUAAUCAAAAACCAAAAACAGCUGGUAUUUUAUUCUCAUUGAAUCCAAAAGAAGGUCAUCUAUUAAUUCAAGCUCCAAAUAAAAAUUUAAUUAAAGUUGAUUCAACAUUUGAAUUUACAAAAACACUACAAAAAAUGGAAACUGAAUCAUCAUUACUUGAUAAUCCACCAGUUGUCGUUAGCUCUGAGCUCAAAGAUUUGAAUAGUUUUAAAUAUCAAUCUUAUCAAAAAGACAAACCAAACACAAAAUUACAAAUUAUUUCACGUAUUAUCAUUGGACAAUUAGCUGAAUUCCAUGCUGAUCAUUUUAAAGAAGGUGAUAAAAAAUCACUCGUCAGUUUUGCUCUUUAUCUUGAUGAAUCACGUUUCUUAAAACCAGAUUUUUCAUACAGCAAAGACAACAUUGUUGGUUUAAUUGAUUUUUACAGAGAAAAAUUAGUUGAAAGAGCUGAACUAGUAAGAAAUGAAAUAAAAUUACUUAACAAUGAAGCAAAUGUUGAAUUUGAAGAUUUAUUUGCACACUUGAAAAAAGCAUCACCAGAUUUAAAACCAAUGAUUACCUAUUAUCAAGGUGAAUUGGAUAAAUUAAAACAAGAAUUAGAUGCUGAUAGAACAAUUCAACAAAUUCAAGCAACAAUUAAUAAAGUAUUUGGUGGUCUUAUUGCUGCAAUAAGUGAUACAAUAAAACAAUUAUCUGAAAAAAUUGGUGAUCUUCAAAUACAAUUCCAUCAAAUUCAAGAAAAAAUAUUAGAAGCAGUUAAAGUAACAUAUCCAAAGGUCAAAGAAUCAAUUGACAAAAUAUUAAAAGCAACAAUUGAAAUACUUGAUGCUGCUACUAAAUUAGGUGCAGCGUAUCUUAAAGCACUUCUUAAUGUUAUAAAUCAACAUCAAAAAGAAUUAAAAGAAUUAGCAACAGCAAUAAGUGAACUUGUUCAUGAUAUUGUUAAAAUUGUUAUGAAAGGUGCUAAUCAAAUUGAGGGUGAACUUAAUAAAUUUGUAACAUUAUUAACAGAACAAAUUAGAGCAUUACCAAUUUAUGAUAUAAUAAAAGCUAAAUGGAGUGAAAUAUCAAGUUAUCAAAUACCUGAAGCUGUAUUGGGACCAAUUGAAGAGGCAUUUGUUCAAAUUAAAAUGAUUCUUCCAACAGAAGAAUUACGUGAAUUUUUCACAGUUACAUAUAAUUAUAUUAUCAAGCAUAUUAAACAUCAAAAUACUGAUGAUGUUGCUGAAAUUAAAAAUAUCUGGACACAUGGUGUUGAUGCUAUUCAAUCAAUCAUAGCUUUGAUACAAAGUAAAACAACAACAGAUCAACUUAAUGGUAUGAUUGGUACUAAAUUUGGUUAUAACUUUGGAUAUAUAAAACAAUUUGCAAGUAUUCCAAUACUUCGUCUUUCAAUUGUUAAUUUAAUUAGAAAUAAAGAACUUCCAACAAUAAGUGAAUUAUAUCAUACUUACCGACCAACUGCAUAUUUGAAUGAUAUUAUACCACCAUUCAGUCAUACUGGUAUUGUCACAGAGGGUGGACACUUCUUUACAUUUGAUGGAAAACAUAUAACUCUGGCUGGUAGCUGUGAUUAUGUUUUAGCACAAGAUACAAAAGAUGGCAAUUUUUCAAUUGUUGGAACAUUUAAUAAUGGCCAAUUAAAUGCUAUUACAAUAACAGCACCUGGUGAAAGUAUUACACUGAAAUCAGAUGGUAAUAUUUUAGUUGAUAAUAAACCAGCUGAAUAUCCAGCAAGUACAAAAAAUCUUCAUGCAUUUAUGAUAUUACCAAUAGUAAAUGUUAAAUCAGAUUAUGGUGUACAUAUUGCUUGUACACAAAAAACACCAAUGAUAUGUAGUGUUCGUGUAUCUGGAUUUUAUCAUGGUAAACUCAAGGGAGUUUUUGGAAAUGCUGAUAAUGAAGCAUAUGAUGAUUUUACUAUUCCCAAUGGACAUGUUACUGAGAAUGAAUCUGAAUUUGGCAAUGCAUACAGACUAAAUUCAAAGUGUGAAGCUGCCAAAGAAGUUGAUCAUCAUUCACAUGGUCAUCGUGAUGGAGUUUGUACUGAAUAUUUUGCAAGUACAUCAACAUUGAGUCCAUGCUUUAAUUAUGUUAAUCCAUCAAAUUAUCGUACUGCCUGUGAUCAUGCUGUUCAUGCUGGUACUAAAAAUGCUCAAUGUCUCAUUGCAUCAGCUUAUUAUGCUGCUUGUCGUGCUGAGCGUAAACCAAUAUCAAUACCAGCAGCUUGUGGAAGCUGUAAAGUUGGGAAAGAUAGUAUAUCAAUUGGUGACAGUGUCAGUGUUAAAAUACCAAAACAAGAAGCAGAUGUUAUUUUUGUUGUUGAACAAGAAGCAAAAAAUGAACAAAUAUUUAAAGAGCUAAUAACACCAUUGAUUAAUGAAGUUAAAAAUGAAUUAAAAGAACUAGGAAUAACUGAUGUUCAUAUUGGUCUUAUUGGAUUUGGUGAACACAUGAAAUGGCCACAACAUUAUACAACAAAUGGUGACAUUAAUAUCAAUGGUGAAAUUAAGAAUAUUAAUUUUGUUAAGGGUGAUCCAUUGAUUACAUUCAAAGAAGCAAAAGAAGGUAAUACAGAGACAAGAGUUAAUUAUGCAAAACAAAGAUUAAAUGUUGAAUUGGGAGCAUUUAAACUUACUGAUGCAUAUGAAGAAGCUAUUCAUUAUCCAUUUAGAACUGGAGCUGCUAAAGUUGUUGUUGGAGUUUUAGCAUCACCAUGUGAAAAAAGUCCACUUCCACUUUCGUUACAACAUUUAAGAUUGUUUAUGGGACGAAAAAUAUAUCGUGAUCUUGGAUUAACUUAUCAUCACAUUGGAUUUUUGGAUGAAAUUCUUAUUAGUGGUAAACCACAAAAAAGCAUCGUUGGUUACGAUGCUGACUCAGCAUAUGCUUUUACUGACAGUAAGAAAAAACCACUGGAGGGUAGUCUUGAACGAGAGGGACUUGUCAUCAGUACUAAUGAUGUUUGUGCUUCAUUUGCAACCUCGUCUGGUGGUGCUGCAUAUAGUUCAAGCAGCUUUUUGGAAGCUAAACCAAACCAGAAAAAACAAUUCAUUCAAGUUACAGCAAGAAGAUUAGCUGAAGGACUCACUAAUGUUGAAAUCGAUGAGGACUGUACUUGCAAACAAGAAAACGGAUUGAAUGGUUAUGCUCGUUGCAAAAUUGUUGCACGCAAAGAAAAAGCAAAACACACCAAGGCUUGAGAUCAAGGCAUUCAACAAUGAAAAUUUAAAUUUUAUACUUCAGAAAAAAAAAAAAAAAUAUAGAUGUAAUAAUAUCUAAUUUCUUAUUUUUGUGAACAAAAAAAAAAACAAAAAAAAAAAAAAAGAUAUAGAAUAAAAAAAUAAACAUGAAAAAUUAAAAAAAAAUAAACAUAUUUUUUUUCUUUUUUUAAAUAAUAAUAAUAAUUUUAGUCAUGUUUUAAUAACAUACGUAAUAUACGAUUUUUUAAAAUAAUUUUUAAGAUGUAUAUAUAAUGCAUCAAAAAUAAAAUGUGAAUAAUAUUAAUAAUAAUAAAAAUAAAGUUAUUUAAAUUUUUUUUAGUCAUUUGUUUAGUCGAUAAAUGACAUGAAGCAUAUAUUAAGUUGGUGUAAAAAUAUAUUAAGUUGGUGUAAAAAUAUGUUUAAAGUAUAUGAAAUCUCAUCAGUAUCUUUAUCAAUCAUGUGAUUCACGUUUUUCACAAAAGAUUAUAAAUAUACUGAACAAACUUACCAUUAAAUUUGGAUCUAUCAGCGUGCACAUUAUUAUUAUUUAUUAAAUCCAAAGUAUUUAAUAUUACACUUUACUCCAUUAAUUCGAAUAUGAUUAAUAUUUAUUUGUAAAUAUGUCAUGCUUUAUAAGAACAGACAUUUUCAUCCGUCACGUAAAUGCGCUCGUGGCUCGUUGGGAAAGUCGUUAGGUUUAAGAUACCUGGAGAAAAAUCCCAAAGAUACCUACAGAUACCCGAUUUGAUAAUAUUUGUAAACACAUGCACAGAUCGUUACAGAUCUUUGAAGAUACCCAGCGAUCAUAACAUUGAAUGUUAUAUUUACCACUGAAUAUCUUUAAAGAUACCCAGGGAAAAAUUUAGAAGAUACCUGCAGGUAGUAUCAUGUUUAUGCAGACAUCCACAGAUUUUUCCAGAUCUUCGAAGAUAUUUGAAGAUACCUAGCGAUCGUAACUGUGAACGUUAUGCAUAUUUUCAAGAAGUUUCGUUAUCAAAUAUAGAAUUUUUUUUUUUGCAGCGCAUUUGUCUCAUACUCUCAUGUCAAGGACCAGGUGGCAUGCUAAAAGUGGUCCAGGCUUUGCAGCAGAGCAAUCUGUAAGCCAAAAUAGAACUAAUUUACCUUGUUG